GUGUGGCCAGGCGGCUCGGACUGAGCAGGGCUUCCCUCACCACCGGAUUCUGUAGCGUACACUGCCAGUCUCUUGUCUUCCUUCACCAUGGCGUCUUCUGAUAUUCAGGUGAAAGAACUGGAGAAGCGUGCUUCGGGCCAGGCUUUUGAGCUGAUUCUCAGCCCUCGGUCAAAAGAAUCUGUCCCGGAUUUCCCCCUUUCCCCUCCGAAGAAGAAGGAUCUUUCCCUGGAGGAGAUUCAGAAGAAAUUAGAAGCUGCUGAAGAAAGACGCAAGUCCCAUGAAGCCGAGGUCUUGAAGCAGCUUGCCGAGAAACGGGAGCACGAGAAAGAAGUGCUGCAGAAAGCGAUAGAAGAGAACAACAACUUCAGCAAAAUGGCGGAAGAGAAACUGACCCACAAGAUGGAAGCUAACAAAGAGAACCGGGAGGCCCAGAUGGCUGCCAAGCUGGAGCGUUUGCGAGAGAAGGAUAAGCACAUUGAGGAAGUGCGGAAGAACAAAGAAUCCAAAGACCCCGCUGAUGAGACUGAAGCUGACUAAGUUCUGAGAAUUGACUUUCUCCCCUUCCCCUUCCUAAAUAUCCAAAGACUGUACUGGCCAGUGUCGUUUCAUUUGUUCCCUCCUGACAAAUACCCUAGCAGCUGAUGUAGGACUGUAUAGGUAGACCCGACCGUAAGAUGUUGUUUUAGGGGCUAAGGGGAGAAACUGAAAGUGUUUGACUCCUUUUCUAAAGUGUUGGUCUUUCUAAUGUAGCUAUUUUUCUUGCAUCUUUCCUACUUCAGUACACUCGUGUACUGGGUUAAUGGCUAGUACUGUAUUGGCUCUGUGAAAACAUGUUUGUGAAGAGUAUGUAGUGGCUCCUUCCGAACCAUUAGAUGCUGAUUAUCUGUUCACUCUUCAAUCCCAAUUCUGUCCCCAUCUUACCAGAUGCUACUGUACUUGAAUGGUUAAUAAAGCUGCACAGUGCUGUU